AUGAAACAAAUUUCUUUUGCAUCUUAUAAACGAAAUACACGUUUAAUUGCAAGUUUUGUUAUAUUAAUUAUAUUGGGUAUUAUUCGAUGGUCUUUUGAUGGAUCAACAAUAUUUAAUGGGUCUACAUCUUAUUCCUUAUUUUCUUCUUUACCAAUUAAUACUAAUAGAAAUCAAAUUGUUUUCUAUCGUCGACAAACAUGUUCAUGUACACGACCGAUUCUUGAAUAUAAAUCUAAUCUUAUAGUUAUUGAUGAAACAUCUUCAUCUCUUUGCAGUCAAUAUUCAACAUUUCGUGGUUUUCAUCAACGUAUUAUUGCUAUUAGUAUGUAUGGUCCAAAAGAGAAUAGACUGUUUAGUUUCAAUGCAUCAUUAAAUUUUCUAUAUGAACUUAUCAAUGAUAUGGAAAAAAUUUAUCCUGAUUGGGUUUUAAGAAUAUAUCAUGAUGCAUCAAUUAAAGAAAAUAUUAUUUGUCCAAUAGAAUGUGCUCAUAAUAAUGUUGAUUUUUGUAAUGCAAGUUCAUUGGGUAAUUUAGGUAGUGUAAGUAAUUAUAUGCCACCAAAAAUUUGGCGUUUUUUACCAGCUGGAGAUCUACUUGUUGAUGUAAUGGGUAGUCGAGAUCUUGAUUCACCAUUAUCACAACGUGAAUUAGAUGCUGUUAAUGAAUGGUUAUCAACAGAUAAAGCAUGGCAUGUUAUGCGCGAUCAUCCAUUCCAUAGUGUUCCAAUGCUUGGUGGUCUAUGGGGUUUUCGUCCAGUGCUUAAUCGAACAAUGGCUAAUAUAUUUCUAAAUAAAAUACUAAAUUCUACAUUAGUUAGACGAUAUGGUGGUCGAGGUGAUCAAACAUUUUUAGCAGAUCAUGUAUGGCCUCAUAUUCAACAUCAUCUUAUUGCACAUGAUAGUCAUUUAUGUACGACAUGGUAUGGAAAAAAUUCUCAGCCAUGGCCAUCACGUCGACCAUCGUUGAAUGAAACUGAUUGUUUUGUUGGAUGUAUACGUCCGUGUUGUCGAAAAUUAAAACAUCCAUUUCGUCAAUGUCCCACAGCUUGUCGACCAAAAAACCAUACAGAUUGGACAAUGUGUUAG